CGGUGCGUCGACGAGGAGCUCGGUGCGAACGUCCUCGUGUUGAUGUCCUACGAAUCCGCCGACGGCGCCGCCGUCGACGUCCGCGUCACGGAUCCGGACGGUCGCGACGUCUACGUCGCGAAGAACAAGGCGCGAGGCAAGGCUGGGUUCACGACGAAGAUCGCGGGAGACCACAGCGCGUGCUUCACGAGGUCGCGGCCGCCGGGCGGCGGCGACGACUUUUCGUCGAACGACGGCGACGGCGUCGCGCACAGGGUGAAGCUCGACUGGAAGAAGGGCGUGGCGGUGAACGAUUGGAACAAGAUCGCGAAGAGAGGCGAUGUCGCGGACGUCGCGACGGACUUGCGACGCGUGGAGGCGGACCUUCGAGGGGUGCACCAGGAGAUGAUGUGGCUGCGGCGGCGGGAGGAAGAGAUGCGGACGAUCAACGAGAAGACCAACGCCAGGGUGGCGUGGCUGUGCGCGAUGUCGCUGUGCGCGUGCGUCGCGAGCGGGGCGACGCAGUACGCGUACCUGAAGUAUCAUUUCAGGGCGAAGAAGAUGAUUUAA